GGGGAGCCCCGCCCUCAAGCUGUCUGCACCCUCCAGCCCAAAGGGCCAGUCCAGGGUGCCCCCUGCCCCCAGAGGGAGCCCUCUCCAGCACCAGGUCUGUGUCUGCGGCCCCCGGUGCCCAGGAUUAGUCACCUUGCGAGGCUGAGGGGCUAGGCCUACCGGCGGGUCAGAAAAAGGCCAGGGGCCUGGCUGCGAGCUGGUGGUCUCCUUCAGGGGCUGGGACUCUGACCACAGGCAGGAGGGUGGGAGGAUAGAUGGGCUGGUACCUAUUGAUCUGUCCCACCCCCCAGCUCUCCCUGGCCCAGUCCUGCCAAUCUGGAGGUGGAGGGGAGGGCACCCUGCCCCAGGGCCCAUAAGAGGCGUGUCUCCCAGGUGACUGCUCACUGCCACCAGGCAUGGGGCCAUGGGGUGCCCUGUGGGUGGCGCUGGCCCUGCUGAAGUCCGUACAGGGCCAGACCUCAUCCCCCACGGAUAAGCCCUUACAGGACUUCCAGCAAGACCAGUUCCAGGGGUCAUGGUACGUGGUAGGCCUGGCGGGGAACACCUUCCGGAAGGAGGACAGGGAGCUGCUGAGCCCGUACACGGCCACCUUCGAGCUCCAAGAAGGUGGCCAAAUCCAAGUGUCCUACGCCAUGACCCGGGGCCCGCGCUGCAUCACCUGGGCAUACACGCUGAACCCAGCCAACAAGUCUGGCUGCUUCGAGGUGGACAGGAGCAGGGACUUGCAGGCUGACUCUGAGGAGGUCCAGGUGACGGACACCAACUAUACCACCUUCGGCCUGUUCCGCUCCAGACGCUGGGCCCCCGGCCACCUGGUGCUCAGGGUCAGCCUGCUGGGCAGGACCUGGGCGGUGCGCCCCGAUGCGCUGGACAAGUUCUUGUGCCUAAUUCAGAGCCACAACCUCUCUGAGGAGCAAGUCGUCUUCCCAGUCGUGAAGGAUUGGAAGAUAGCUCGUGUCUGCUGAAGGAGAGUGGGCUCCCCCGCCCCUGCAGCCCCCAUCUCUCGCCACCACUUCUGUCUCCCACCCUGUCGCCUUCCCCUCAGAGAAAAAUAAACCCACUUCACCCGC